AUGUCGCAGCAGCAGACAGCUCCCAUGCUCAUCAACAUCCCUCCCCCACCAUCUAACCCAGACACUCCGAGCGAUAUGCCCGGUACUCCUACCAGCACAACUACAUCGCUCUCAGCCCUAUCAACCACAGCUAUCAAGGAUGGCCACCGAGGCAACGCCUAUCACGGUCUCGCAGGUUUCCGAGGCCACCAACACCAAUCAUCCACAAAUAGCCUCGAAGCCGAGCGCGCAGAUCGCAUUAGUCGGCUUGCGGGCCUUGAGCGCGUAUCCACCCUACGCGCCCCGAACCAGCAGCACAGCGGCAGCCCCAGCCCCGCCCAGAUAACCCCCAUAACUAGCGCGCAACAGGCAAACGCCCUCACACCCGCGUACUUCGAUUCGAACGGGCAGCCGACGGCGAUGACUAAGAUGAGCACGGUUGGCACUGCGUCCGCGACGGGUAGUGUCGGGGCGCGGACUACUACGGAGGGGGGCGACCGGUUCGACGAGGAAGACGAGGACGAGAUGGACGCGGAGCUGACGGAGGUCGAUGAUGACGGCGAUGGCAUUAGUAUGGAUGUGGAUAGCACGUCCGGUGCUAUGGAUGAAGACAUGGCGAGCCGUUCGGUUAGUGGCUUUGAGGAUCGCAUGAGCGACGAUGGCACCGCGAGCCUCGUCGGUUUUGGCGAGGGCGCCAACAGCACCGUUAGUGGCCCUAUCUAUCACAGAAGGCCGCUGCCUGGUGCGGCGGGGAUUUGGGGUCUGGAACGCAGUAGCUCGGGACUGAGCCAGGAGGCUAUUACAGCUCGAAGUCGAGAGAUACGCGACGUGAUCGCGAGCGAUACCCCUGUCAGUGCGACGGCCGCGGCCGAGACACGGCAGGCGAAGUAUGUGGAUGGCGUUGCUGUAGAUGGCGGCGGACACGUUGGUACAUCAGACGAUGACGUGUUUGUCGACACUACGACGCGCGGACCUAUACCGGUUCAGCCGGGUCAGCCGCGGACAAGCGCUCUUAGAGAAGGCGUAGGCGGUCCCGCGACACGAGAGGCAGCAGAACGUAUCGUACGAGACCGUCUCGACGGCGGCGAAGGCGGGCGCGCUCCUAUUCUAGGGAACUCGAAGGAGGGAGAUAAGUUAGGAAAGUUCUACUUCGAAGAGAAGAAGUAG